AUGCAACAUUGUGUCCCUGCACGUAUUCAAUGUUAUCUUUGUGAUUUACCACGUUAUCCUUGGGCAAUGUUAUCGGAAUUCAGUGAACCAGUAUGUCGUGGAUGUGUAAAUUAUGAAGGAGCUGAUAGAAUAGAAUGUGUAAUCAGUCGAGCUAAACUAAUGAAAAUGCAUUAUCUACCACAUGUUUAUUCUCAAAGAAAUGUAAAUGAGAAAUUAGACGAAUCCCAAUCGAAUGUACCAAUAACAACAUUGUUAACAACGGAUGAACGUAAUACGUCUGUAAGUGAUGUAAAUAUAGAGCCGAGAAAAUCGCCAUUGGAUUUAAAUAAAGUCUUCCAAUUUAAAACACAAAUAGGUAAAAACUCUGAAAUGAAUCAAUUUCAUGAUACACAAUAUUUACAUAAUCUCAAUCAGAUUAAUGAUGAAACUUAUAAAGAUUUAAACAGUUUAAUGGAAAACAAUAUGCUACAAAGUGAACCAGCAAUAGUAGUAACUUCUUCAACAUCAUCUAUAACUUCCAAUAAUGCACACUAUUUACAACGAGAUCGACCGAAUAAGCAUCAAAGUAAUCUUUCAAAUUAUGAUACUCGUUUAAAGGAUAUUUUUGUGAAUAUUUUAAAAUGUUCAACAUCUCCAUCAUUAACACAUUCGAAUUCAUCACUGUUUACUAAUACGAGGAGUACAAAACCACUACAUUUUACUGAUCAUCAUUCAGAGAAUUCGAAUUCCGUAGAUGAUAAUUUAAUAAGAAAUCAGAUGAAAUUUAAUCAUAAUGGGAAAGGAGUGAUUGUAUCACCACAUGAUGAUGUGUUGAAUAACAUGAUAAACUCUUCAUUAUUAACUGCAAAUGAAACAGGUGCGACAUCAAAUCCCAAUGAAGUGACAUCGUUAAAUGCUGUUAAAUUAACUAAUAACUUUAUAUCUGAUGCCUUUAUGGAUUCGUCAAGUACAGAACAAAAACAUGAAUUAAUUUCAGAGUCUACAACACAACAGUCAAUUUGGAAUCCUCGUCUUUUAACAUUUUAUUUACAGAUAAUUGGCAACCUCUUAGAAUCAAAUUCCAUGCUUACCGGUGAAGAUAACCAGACGUCAUUAUCUAACAUUUUAAGCAAACUGAAUGACCAGAAUAAGGUUCACCCGGCCAGUAUUCAUGAUUCAUCAGGACAAAUAACAAAUCCAUCAUUUAAUCAUAUGUUAUUGAAUGAAAGCAUUCAAAGUGGGAAAUUAUCUAAAUUAAAUUUAAAUCCAACCACUUCUCAUUUGUCAAUUGCCCAAAAUUUAAAAUUACCCAUUUUAAUACGACUACGUACUCAACCAGCUAAACAAGCCCAUUUCUUAGGACUUAGCCAAACUUCAAUUAUAAGUGGUAAUUUUAAUUUACAACAAAAUAAUCUGAUCAAUAUGAUGGUUUUUCAAUAUCCUAUCGGUUCAUCGAAUAUAUGCAUUGGUUUCAAUCAAUUUAUCAAAUUGAUCGAUACUAGACUUGUACAAGAGAACAGCAGUAUUACUGAUGAUAUUGGAGACAUACAUUUAGGAGUUGAUCAGUUCGAGUAUGAAAUUGCUAGGGAUGGCAUGAAUCAAGUUAUAUGGGCACCAUUUAUUGAUUUACUGUUAAUAAUACUUCAGUUGGUUUAUCAACCGUUUAUACACAAACAAACAAGUACCAUAACACAGCUGUUAUCAAGAGAUUUAUUAAAACAAAUCAAUAUGACCAGUGAUACAGCAGAGGAUGAGAUAAAUUCAUCAAGGAAAAGAAAAUCCUAUUGUGAUAACUCGGAUGAUAUUGUAAAUAGUCAAUUAUGUGACAAACAACCACGAUAUGGAAAUGCUCAUGUUUCCACUUAUCCUGAAUUGAAUGGAAUCAAAGUUCACUGCACUAAUGAUAAUAUCAAUACUCAGGUGGAAAAAUUAAAUGAUUCUUGUAAAAAAUGGAAACCAUUAUUACAACAUAGGAAAUCACCAAGUAAACGAAUUCUAUGUAAUUUAUGUCCACGUCAUUUAGAAGGUAGUCAUUUCGUUCAAUGUCCUGCUAAUCUGGAGCAUAGAUUUUGUUUUCAGUGUGCUAAAACUUAUUUAGAAAGUAUGAUGCAUGAACAUCAGGCUAAUAGUAAUGUAGCUAACAGAAGUAUUCACAGUAACAAUGCGAAAAAUUUAGAAAUUUAUUGCCCUAGUGGGAAAAAAUGUGUUCUUCCGGGUUCUAAAUAUCCAUGGGCGUUUGUUACUUCAGAGAUAGAAGCCAUUUUAGGCAAAAAACAAAUCACUGCUGAUCAUUCAUCUCGUUAUGAUCAAACAUCAUCGUUUGAAAACAGUAGUGUUCCAGAAAAAAUUUCAACGAAUUCUCUAUUAAAUGAUAAACUUAAUACAAAUUGUAAUACUAUUGCAAUAAGUAAUUGUCGAUUGGAUAAUAACACGAACAGUUGUAAAUCCCAAUGUUCACUUAAUAGUCAACAAGAUAAUUCUGACAUUUUGUCUCCUCAUAGUAUAAACUCCAAAACCUCACCAGAAUCUCCGACAAAGCUAUCAUCAGAUGAAAUACAUGGAUUAUCCGGGAAUAAAUCAAUAAAUGGAGUUCAUGCACAACUGAAUUAUAGCGACGUCAAUAAUAACCAGUCAAAAUUAAUGAAAUUGUCAAAAGAUAAUCACAGUAUAUGUGGAAAUUUGCGCAGUCAAAAGCAUUUGAAUUUCCCCCCACCUUCUACGUCUACAUCAUCUUCAUCAUCAUCAUCAUCACCUCCGCCACCUCCACCAGUACUGACAGCAACACCGACACCACUGACAACAACAACAACAACUUCUACAAAUUUAUUCUCAACACUGUUAUCGUCAUCAUCAUCAUCAUCAUCAUCAUCAUCAUCUUCAUCAUCAUUAAUCAUUAAAUCAAAUGAAGCCAAGAAUAAAACUUCACUGAAUACAAUAAUAACAACAAUAACAUCAAUGGGAAAGUUGACAAACAGUAACGUUGAAAUAUCACCUACUGAAAUCAAUAAUAUUUCAGAUGAUAAUGAUUGAACUAUUUCUGAUUUUCGCAUCAUAACUGUCACAUCUUAUCAUCCCAUUCGAAAACUGAUGAAGCAGGAACAAAAUCUACAGUAACAAGUGUUAGACAAACGGCCAUUUUGUUUUCAAGUAUUCUAAUUGUACAAAGUUCAAUUACUGAUAUCCUCGUCACUUAUUCAGCU